CCAUCUCCAGCCAGGGAGUGUCCCCUCGAGACCCUGGAUCCAGAUGGGGACGCGGUACUACUGAUCACCGGUGCAGCUUCGGGCCGAUUCCUGGUCUCAUCAAAAAUCCUGAUUCUCGCCUCGCCCGUCUUUGCAAAACUCUUUACAUCGGGGUUCCGCGAGGGGAACCAGAUGAAGAAUUCGACUCGUCCGACCCUAACUCUACCUGAGGAUAGCCCGGGCGCGAUGAGGACGAUUCUACAAGCUCUUCAUCUCUAAGGGUCUGAAGUUGGGGAUUCUAGGAGUGCGAAGCAGCUGGCCGUCAUCGCUGUUCUUUCUGACAAGUUCGACUGCAACAGUGCUCUCCGGCCUUGGAUCUUGAACUGGCUUGGCGGGUUUUCUCAUAUGGAGACGCCAGAGGAUCAUGGCUAUCUUCUUCUCGCUACGUAUCUCUUUCAUUGCGAAGACCAUUAUGCCAUACUUUAUAUCCAGGCUCAAAUUUACUUUCCUCCCCGGUUUUCCGACAUCUGGGAGGAGGCAGACCUUCUGGAUCUGCUUCCGUCAAGUGUUUGUAACCACCACAUACACCAACAGCUACGGGCCAUCCACGAACAACUUCAAGAGGGCGAGGUAGUGCUUGCUAGUUGUCGGAGAUCCUUCACACUGAAUAACAACUUAUGCACACGGUGCGAUAGCACUUACCCGGCGGGUAAGAUGUUUUGAACCAAUUGCCCUGCCGAACGGUUGGAGAGA